UUAUAUAGUCGUGGACGCAUACAAGUUGCGAUGCGUGGAAGCUGGUCGCAGUGCAAAUGGCGAAAUCGCCUCGGAAACCGCUCCAUUUUCCUUCUCCGUCUCUCCGUUUUCUCCUUUCUCCGUUCAACCGUUGCUUCUUCUACUCGUAGCGUGCCUCACCGGAGCAUCUCGAUUCGCAUUCUCUCAGAAUGGCGGUGCCGGAGGGAUUGACGAAACUCCUGUACAUAAUAGUGUUGGAGGACGAAGCCACGGCGGGUGCAGAUAAGAACGAUACGCCGUCGUUUCGCUACACGCGCUCUGUUCUCCAGAGUACCCUGCAACUCAUCGGUUGCAAGCCUCGUCAUGCCUUUAAGAUUAGCCAAAGGGUAUUCGAGAUGGUAAGACAAGGAAGCCCGGUGGAGACGUUGGUUUACACGACAUGUAUAGGUGUUCCACAACAAGAUGUAGAUGCCAGUAAUUUAGAUUUAGACGAAGAUAAGAGUAAGAGCCGACCGUUCGAGCUGUACAAAAAACGGACCACUGUUGUUGUAAGAAGAAAGUUUUUUCUAGAUGUUGUUUGUGAAGCCCUCUCCGAAUACAAGUACGUCGGCCCAAAUCAGAGGGCUGAUUUGGUCAUUGCUUGCAGAAUUCGAGAAAGGAAGGAAUCUGUAACUGUAUUACUCUGUGGCACAAGCGGCUGUGGAAAAUCAACACUAUCUGCCUUGCUGGGUAGCAGAUUAGGUAUAACAACCAUUGUGUCGACCGAUUCGAUUCGACACAUGAUGAGAAGCUUUUUCGACGAAAAGGAAAAUCCACUACUUUGGGCUUCGACUUAUCAUGCUGGGGAAUGUUUAGAUCCAAUUGCUGUUUCUGGAGCUAAGGCCAAACGUAAAGCAAAGAAAUCAAACAGUGUUAAUAAGCACGAUGCACUUAUUAACCACACAUCUGGUAAUAAAUCCAACGGAAAUAAAACGACCAGCGAUUUAAUUAGUCCAAAGCAAAUGGCAGUAGAAGGAUUCAAAGCACAAAGCGAGAUGGUAAUUGAUAGCCUCGAUAGGUUGAUAACUGCGUGGGAGCAAAAGAAAGAAUCAGUUGUGGUCGAGGGUGUUCAUCUAAGUCUCAAUUUUGUGAUGGGGCUAAUGAAGAAACACCCUUCAAUCAUACCGUUCAUGAUCUACAUCUCAAACGAGGAGAAACACUUGGAAAGAUUCGCAGUUCGAGCAAAGUACAUGACUUUGGACCCCGCCAAAAACAAGUACGUAAAAUACAUACGCAACAUCCGAACAAUCCAAGAAUACCUAUGUAACAGAGCGGACAAGCACUUAGUGCCGAAAAUAAACAACACGAACGUGGACAAAAGUGUGGCAGUCAUUCAAGCCACAGUUUUCAGCUGCAUGAGAAGGCGCGAAUUGGGAGAGCUUCUUUACGAUCCAACGACAAACACGGUUACUGUUCUGGACGAGGAGUACAGGAAUCAGCGUACAGCGAACUCACUGAGUUCGGAAGGAAUGUUUCAGUUGAUUCAGAGGCAAGGUUCGAGCAGGCAGCUUAUGGCACUUUUGAAUAACGAUGGCUCCGUGGCGAAGGCGUGGCCUCUUAAGCGGUAUGCUGAUAGGGAUGGAGUAGGGACGCCUAUGUAUGGGCCUUUGAAGAUUGGUAAAUCAGAGCCCGUGAAUUUGCAGUUUGGUCACUUUGGGAUUAGUGCUUGGCCGAGUGAUACGGGUGGCACGAGUCAUGCAAGUAGUGUUGAUGAGUCGAGAGGUGAGUUGACUGAUAAUGGUAGCAGAUGCUUUUCUUCUUGCUGCAGCUCCCCAAAGGGUUCUUCCAAGGAGAAGGGAGCAUUUUCUGUGGAUGGUAGUGAUGAAGAGGCCGAGGAGUCACCCGAGGCAGACAGUGACGAAGAUAUUAACGACGGGGAUAAGCAUCUCCAAGAAGAUCUGGAAGGCUCGGUGGACGAGGAAUCAACAAAAUUGGACGAAGAGUACGAUGACCUGGCAAUGCAGGAUUUUCCGGACAACAACGGUUACAUAUCGGACGACGAGGAAGAUUUCUACUACCAAACGGAGCUCAGUGGAAUGUUGAAACACGUUUCGAAAAACCUGUCGAACAAGAACGGGCUUCUUGGAGACAAGUACCAACAGAAUCUUAACCUAUUCCUGAGAACAAAACACGAGUCUUUUUCUGAUACGCUAAUGUGCUCUUUUUUGUCGCCUCUCAAAGCGGUGAAAAACGAGAGAAGGGCUAUGCUUGCUUCUGGGAAUCGUAAACUGAGAAAACGUUCUCAGAGCAUGGAUCGAUUGUGAAAGCGAAAAAAAAUAAGGUUGCUGUUUUUAGUAUUUUGGUUAACGUAUUGAAGAGUUGUGUAUAUUUUUGUCCUAAAAAUGUGUUUUGUAGUUUGUACUUCGAUCCAUUUUGUUCGAGAAAAUUAGGGUUGAGUUUCUUAGAUUUAGGUGUCUGUUGUUGAGCAAGUUUUGUAACAAUGUGUGGUGUUUGUGAGUAAUUUCCUGGAAGUAUCCAUAUUAUAAUGUAUUUUGUAUAAGAGGUGACCAAACAAAUAUUUCGACGAAAAUUUUCGAUUUUGU